GACGAUUUAUUCAACGAGACAGCUACAACAGUUGGCGUCGUUUCACAGCCGCUUCUGACGAUACUACACGAAUGUAGUUCAAGCAGUUAACUUCUCUCGUUAAUAUUCGCUUUUGAGAAUGCAAAAUGUCCUUAUAUGAAGGAAUUUCUCAGGUUCAAGUCGGCUACGGACAAAACACUCGAAACAGAGCCGUUCGAAAGUGGACCGAAGAACAGACCGACCUUUUCGCGGCGGUCUUAUCGCUUAAACAUUGCAGAAACGGCGAGGAAAUAUCAUGGUCAGAAGAGCUCGAGAACCUCGCGGUGAAAAAAUCAUCAAAUGAGCAUGUUUUUAAGGAAGUACAAGAACAACUUGAAGUUGAGCUAGUGAAAGUCGACCAAAGUCACCGUGAUCCCGGUGAAGAAGCGACAUUCUCUAUACCGCAACUACGUGCCAAGUACAAGUGGAUGAAGCGAGAAUGGAAAGCAGUCAAGAAUAAAAUAAAAUGCGGCUUAUUAAGAGAAGACACUAAACUUCCCAAAUGGUAUAAACGUCUUAAUCAUAUUUUCACAAUUUACGUCGAUAUGGAUCGAGACGAGAAAGAUAUUCGACCGUCCAUGGUAAGCGAGAACGGUUCGAUUCACAAUGAAGGUUGUAGCGUGGACGAGACUUCUGAUGGCUGCCCUGCCACUCCUGAAAGGUCAUGGGUCGUGAAUAUCGAUACACGUCAGCCGUCUGUCUUUGUUAACUCUGAAACUGCUGAAAUAAACUCCAAAGACGAAGAAGAACUUGCAAACGGAUCAACUGAGCUGACACAAGAAGAACACGACCAGCCAAGUGAACAACACACGAAUAAACGACCUUAUACCGCAAUAGCCGAUGACAUAACAACUUCUGCAAACGCAAAGUACAGAAAGAGAGAUAUGCACGGAAGGACGGUGAACACUAGGGAAUUGCCAAACUAUUCAAUGGAAUGUUGUCGUCCUUCUUGUCGAUGUAGUAGUCAGUCGGAUUCGGGAAGAUUCGUCGAAGUUAUCAAGAGUAUUCUAGACGCUGAAGAAAGGCGCGAACGAAUGUUUGUGGACUUUCAGCGGGAGCAAGCGCAACUUAACAGGCAACAUGAACUUAAGAUUGCUCAGAUUUUUGUCGAUAUGUCAUCGCAACAAAGAAAUAUUUUGUCAGAAAUAAGUAGCAUAAAAGAACUCAUUUUAUCCAAAGGCAAACAGUUCUGAGCUCAAGAAAUUAUCAAAAACAAUAUCAUGUUGCGUAACCAUUUUCAUCAUAAUCAAAAAUCAUUAUCAUUUGCCCUAGUUUAUUAUGAUGCCACUCUAUUUUUUAAUGUUUUGAUGAAAACACCCAGGAUUAUGGAGGGGAUUAGCGCUGCACAUCAAAUAAAAUGUACAUGAGCAAUCUGUAUAUAUAAAAACACAAUUCAUUGAGGUUGUACUUUAGGAGACAAUAUAAAUGGGUCCAAAUUUCCACUUUUUCAGCAUCGUAUUCAAAUGUAAACAUACUGUGAAAAAAGGAAUUACCCUAACUCAUUAUGACAUCACAGUAUGUUUACAUUGGAGAAAGAUGCCCAAAAAUAGUAGAAAUAUGGACCCAGUAUAUUCUCUUUGAAAGUAGAUCAUUAAUUAUCUUGUUUAAAUGUAUUAUAUGCUAUCUAUCAAAGAUUGAUCAUGUGUAUUUUAUUUGAUAUGCAGUCACUCUGAUCCCCUCUGGUUACCGUAAUCCUUAUUAAAACAAUGGAAUUUUUUUGGAAAUAAUGUCAUAAGAAAAUAGGGCAAUUCAUUAAUCAAUUUUACAAAUUUCAAUAACCAUCAAUUUGUGUUAUUUAACAAAUAGAUCUCAUUUUUCCGUGCGUGUGUACUCUAAUAGAUACACAGAUGACGUCAAAAUGUAGUGAGAACA